CGUCUCCAUCGCUGCACUCAAUAGUUCUAUCGUCCCUCACGCGGACUCCCGUCCGCAGGAGGCUGAAUAAAAUCGCAGGGGUAGAUCGCCUGGACUUGUUUGGCCUGAUGUUUCGAGGGGCAGAGGCGAAGAAGGGCUUUCUUCCGAUCCAAUACCGUUUAGCCGAUGGUCGCCUCUCCGACCAUCUGAAUCCUAAUCAAUCCCGUCUCUCCGAGCAGCAAUCUAAAGAGAAAUAAGAGGGGUGGAAAAAUAGUGGUGGAAAUGGGCGGUAGCGGCGGCGGCGAAAGGACGCCGGAGGGUUCGGAGGAGCAGCAGAAGCGGUCGGAGAUAUACACGUACGAGGCGCCGUGGCACAUCUACGCGAUGAACUGGAGCGUGCGGCGGGACAAGAAGUACCGGCUGGCCAUCGCGAGCCUCCUGGAGCAGUUCCCGAACCGCGUGGAGAUCGUCCAGCUGGACGACUCCACCGGCGAGAUCCGCUCCGACCCGGCCCUCUCUUUCGAGCACCCCUACCCCCCCACCAAGACCAUGUUCGUCCCCGACCGCGACUGCCUCCGGCCCGACCUCCUCGCCACCUCCGCCGACUUCCUCCGCAUCUGGCGCAUAUCGUCGGAUGACGAAGGCGACGACGAAAACAACAAGAAGAGCAACUCCUCCUCCAAGUCGUCGUCGCGCGUGGAGCUCCGGUCCCUCCUCAACGGCAACCGCAACUCCGAGUUCUGCACCCCCCUGACCUCCUUCGACUGGAACGAGGCGGAGCCGCGCCGCGUGGGCACUUCCUCCAUCGACACCACCUGCACCAUCUGGGAUAUCGAGCGCGAGGCCGUGGACACCCAGCUCAUCGCCCACGACAAGGAGGUCUACGACAUCGCCUGGGGCGGCGUCGGCGUCUUCGCCUCCGUCUCCGCCGACGGCUCCGUCCGCGUCUUCGACCUCCGCGACAAGGAGCACUCCACCAUCAUCUAUGAGUCGGCCGACCCCCCGGAGACCCCGCUCGUCCGCCUCGGCUGGAACAAGCAGGACCCCCGCUACAUGGCCACAAUCAUCAUGGACUCCGCCAAGGUCGUCGUCCUCGACAUCCGCUUCCCCACUCUCCCCGUCGUCGAGCUCCACCGCCACCAGGCCAGCGUCAACGCCGUCGCCUGGGCCCCUCACAGCUCCUGCCACAUCUGCACCGCCGGGGACGACUCCCAGGCCCUCAUCUGGGACCUCUCCUCCAUGGGCACCGCCGGAGGCAGCGCCUCGGGCGGAGGCGGCCAGCAGGCUGCUGCCGCUGCCGACGGCGGCCUCGACCCCAUACUCGCCUACACCGCCGGGGCCGAAAUCGAGCAGCUACAGUGGUCCUCCACUCAGCCCGACUGGGUUGCCAUCGCCUUCUCCACCAAGCUCCAGAUACUCAGGGUUUGAGAGUCAGACAUACAGAGGAACAAAGAAAGAUUGGCAGGAUCUGGGAAAUGGUGAUUGAGAGCAUAACUCAAGUAUAGCUUUGUCUAAAAGUUCAAGGUGGGGCCUUUUUCAGGUAAACCUUUUCCAGCUUCUGUAAGAGCUAGAAAUUUGUUUCAUAAUUUUUACUACAUACCUCAAAUGAUAAAAGAGAUUCCAGCCCUACAAGAAGUGGAUUUAUCAAUGGUGCAAUCAACCUAACCAGAACUGGUAGUCCCCCAGGAUGGCAUUUGAAUAAAAUCUAUGGAAGAUAAGGUGAGGCUGCACACCCAAUGGAAUCCGCUGCGAUUAGAUGGCAUCUGAGUAAAAGUCUGUGGAAGAUGUGGCCAGCCUGCACGUUUAAAUUACGUGAACAGGUCGGAGAGAUGGCAAUCUCUUUUGUGGAAUCGGUGCUUUCAUGUUUGUGCAUCUAUUGCUCGAUUAUUCUGAGCCUUUGCAGCCAAUCAAACCGAAUGAAGAAAGUUUACUUGGUGAACAUUUUCUUGUUUGUGUGGGAAAAAAAAUGCCUACUCCAAAGCA